UUCUCUUUCAGCUACAACUAAGAAGGAAUCAUUAUGGCUGCACAAAAGAUCAACGUUGGUGUUAUUGGAUUUGGUAUGUCCUCCAAGACUUUCCACUGCCCAUUGAUCGUCUCGUCACCACACCUUGUUCUUCACUCGAUCGUUUCAAGCAACGACUCCUGCACAAAGGUUUACCCACAAGCAAAGCAUGUUGCCACCACUGCUGACCUCUUUGCUUCCAAGGACGUCCAGCUUGUCGUCAUCACAACCCCCAACGAACUUCACUUCCCACUGGCCAAGCAAGCCAUGGAAGCCGGAAAGAACGUUGUUGUCGAGAAGCCAUUCACAGUUACAUCUCAAGAAGCUGCUGAGUUGGUUGAAAUCUCAAAGCGCACUGGUUUGGUGUGCAGUAUUUACCAAAACCGACGAUGGGACGGAGACUUGUUGACGGCCAAGAAGAUUAUUGAGAACGGACAGCUUGGUCGUUUGGUUGAGUUCGAGAGUCACUUUGACCGCUUCCGUAACUUUGUCAAGGCUGGAUGGCGCGAACAGGAUGUUCCCGGAAGUGGUAUGCUUUAUGAUCUCGGCGCACAUUUGAUCGAUCAAGCUCUCCAUCUCUUUGGCAAGCCAUACUCUGUCUAUGGCGUAGUUGAAAACCAACGUCAAUUGAAAGACUCUAGCAUCGACGAUGACUUUACUAUCAUCUUCCGUUAUAAGACUGGAUUGAAGGUCCUUUUGCGUUCCAGCAUGCUUGCACGCCAAACCCCCGUCCUUCGAUUCUCUCUACGUGGUAUGGAUGGAAGCUAUAUCAAGCACUACCUUGACCCUCAAGAAGAUCAAUUGAAGUCUGGUCAAACUCCCAAGAAUGCUGGGUUCGGUGUGGAGCCAGAGAGCCAAUGGGGUACAAUCAACACCGAAGUCAACGGAAUUCACGUUGUUGGUAAGGUUGAGACCUUGUCUGGAAAGUACUUGGAUUUCUACAACAAUGUUGCAGAAACCAUUUUGAAGGGCGACCUCAGCCACUUGGCUGUCAAGCCUGAACAAGGUUACGACACCAUCCGCAUGAUUGAAGUCAUUCGCCAGAGCAGCGACGAGGGUGGCAAGACCAUUGUAUUGUAAAUUAGAAGAUAAAAAAAAAUGUCAAAUAAACAUAUUGCUUCAUUGCUCAUGCAUUA